GCCAUGAGAACAGGAAUACACAGGCUGUCUCUGCAACAAAUAUGGCCCAGAUGCAGACCCUGGUCUUACUCUCAACACUGCUGACCCUCUGUGUCUCUGCAGUGAACCCUGAGGUGUGGGUGCAAGUCCAGAUGGGGACCACCAACCUCUCAUCCUUUUCAGUUCGCUGUGGGGUCUUAGGAUAUAACCUCAUCUCCCUGGUAACAGUGAGCUGGAAAGGAUUUGUUGAUGCUGGAGGGACCAAACUAGCUGUGUUACAUCCAGAAUUUGGCAUCCAGCAGUGGGCUCCUGCCAGCAAGGCCCACUGGGAAACCCCAAACAGCAUCUCUGUCACUCUGACCCUGGAACAAGCCAAAGCAAGAAGCUCCCUGGCCAACACCACAUUCUGCUGCGAGUUUGUUACCUUCCCUCAUGGUUCCAGAGUUGCCUGUAGAGACCUGCGUAUCUCAGAUCCAGGUCUCUCUGCCCCCAUUCUUCAGUCAGACCUGGCAGGGAUCUUGGGAACCUCAGGGUUUUUCUUAUUUGGUUUCAUCUUUAUACUAUGUCUCCGGCGGCAGCAGAGGCAUUGGUGUUCCAGUACAUUUCAAUCAUCCCUCACCAGCACCCAGACACGGAUGGAGACUCAACUUGAAGGCUGGUGUCUGGAGCAGGACACCAGGGGUCCACAGCUAGACAGGGACUUGGGGCCUCAUCUGACUCUCCUUCAUCCCCUACAGCCCACCAAGACCAUCCCUGGCCACUGGGGUGGAUCCACCACCCCAAUCCCUUCCCCACCCCCACCUCCACCAUCCUGUUCAGCAGCUCUGUAUGAGGCUGUAGACCAUUCUGACCAACACAGACUUCAGUGCAUAUCACUCCCCACUAGUGACCCACACCAACCCCCAUGCCUGUCUCCUCAGCUUCCCCACUUGGCCUCUAUACACAGCAGCUUUAUCUCCAUUGAGAAUGGACUGUAUGCUCUGGCAUGAGCGAAACUUCCCCACACUCUUCCCAACUUCCACUGACAGUCUGGAGCAUAGUAUCCUGGAAAAAUGCUUGGACGUUCAAUGACAGGUACCCUUUGUCCACUACAGGCCUUUGGGACAGCUGUCUACUGAUGUCUUCAUCCUGGGCACCAUGGCCUCUUCAUGACUCUUGCUCUAUUCUUAGGCUUCUGAUAAAUGUUGUCAAAUAGUUAGGAUGUGGUUAGCAUGUGUGCAUGUAUGGACACAGGUGUGAGAGGAAGAGUAUGACGAAGGCCCAGUUACAUCCUGUUUUGUACACAUUUCUAACCACCCAGAUGAUGUCUUUAAUAAUGUCAUUAAAGUGGUCCUUCUGUUUGGAA